GGAAAUAAACCUGCUUUCAACGCAAGAGGCCUGAGGGGGCAACACGAUGCCUGGGCAGCCGGCAUUGCGGGUCAACGCGGCGUUUGCUGCGCGUUACGGGAAGUACCGGCGCCGGGAGGAGCUGCAGCGGCUGCAGGACAAAUAUGGGGAAGAGGACGAAGCCUCGAGUUCCGAGUCGGCGUCCAGCGAAGAGGAGGAACUUGACCCCAAACUGGAACGAGAUUUUUAUUCCAUGUUAGGCUUAUUAAAAACAAAGGAUCCCCGAAUUUAUCAAAAGAAUGUCACUUUCUACACUGAGGAAGAUUCUUGCUCAGCCACUGUUUCUAAGAAGACUCACAUAAAGAAGAAAGAAAAACCCAUGUUACUUAAGGAUUAUGAGAGAAAAGUUAUGGUGGAGAAGGCAGGCAAAUAUGAAGAUGAAGAGGAAGAAGAGAUAACGGUUAAAAAGCCACUGACUUAUAUAGAAGAACAGAAGGAGCUGAAGGAGGGCUUCCGAAAAUUUGUGCUAGAAAGUGAUGAAGAAGAAGGUGAUAAUUCUUCAGCUCUACUUCAGAAACGGGUUAAAAGUAAGGAAGAGAAAGAACAUGAGGAAGCAGACUAUAUCAGCUGGUUGAAAGGUCGAAAGAAGCUAGAAGCAGAGAAUGAACUUCAAGAUCUGAUACCACUGAAAACAUACUGGAAUGAUCCAAAACUGGAUGAAGGAGAGCAGUUUCUGAGAGAUUAUAUCUUAAACCAAGGCUAUAAGGAAGGAAGCAGUGAGGAGGAGGAGGAGGAGGAAGAGGAGCAUCAACCGAAAGGGCUACCUGGGAUCCAGCUGGCUGUUUCAGACUCAUCAGAUGAGGGUGAAUUCUUCUUAAAGAAGCAAGAGGAUUUUGAGCGCAAGUACAACUUUCGUUUUGAGGAACCUGAAGCACAACAGGUAAAAACAUAUCCCCGCAUUAUUGCAACAUCUGUCCGUCGAAAGGAUGAGCACCGCAAAGAGAAGCGCCAAAAAACACAGGAGCGCAAGAUAAAAGAAAGGGAACAGAAGCAGCAGGAGCUGAAGCACCUGAAGAACCUGAAACGCCAGGAGAUCCUGGAACGGCUGGAGAAGCUGCAUAAGAUCACUGGUAGAGCAGGCAACAGUUUUCAAGAAAGUGACCUGGAAGGAGACUUUGACCCCCACCUGCACGACCAACUCAUGGAGGUGAGUCUUCUUUCUUUCAUUCUAUGCCAGUCUGCAAGUAUGCAGGGAGUACAGGAAGAGGGGAAGCCCAAUGAACUCUGUAGUGUUUCAAGUGAAUGGAAUUGGGACAAGUGGAUUGGAAGGGAUGAAGGGAUGUGGCAGCAGGAGGAAGAUCACCAGCCACACUGCGAGGACCCUGACUUUGUGAUGGAUGCAAAUUAUGACCCCUCCCAGCAACCAACCCAUUCAAAAAGGAAAAAGCAGCUGGAGGUUCCUCUUCUGGGAAAGAAGAAGAGCAGGUCACCGUUUGCAGAAGCCGUCUCGCAGGGGAAGAAGCCAUUUGAUCCUGAAACAAAGACAUUUGAACAAUAUUUGGACGAGUUCUACCACUUGGAAUAUGAGGACCUGAUAGGGGACCUUCCUUGUCGUUUCAAGUACCGCACAGUUGUUCCCUGCAACUACGGACUGUCAACUGAGGAGAUUUUGGCUGCUGAUGAUAAAGAAUUGAAUCGCUGGUGUUCUCUACGGAAGACCUGCAUGUACAGAUCAGAAAAAGAAGAGUUGCAGGAGAAGGCAGUCUAUGAGAAGAAAAGCCAAGAUGCUUGGAAGAAGAAACGCGUUCUCAAAUCUUUCCAAACAGGAAUGGAAGAAGAAAAAGAAGGAGAGCAAUUUCAGCCCAAGAAGAAAAAGAAGAGCAAGGAGACCAAGUGUUUUGGGAACUCUUCAAAAGAAACACAGCUGGUUAGUGCCAGCUGUGAGGAGGAAGGACGCUUGUUUCCCAAGACCACAACAGAUUCUGUUACAGGGGAAGAACUUGACGCUCCUGCCUCCGAUGGCUCUCCUUCUCUGCCCCCCAGAAUCCAAAGAUCAAAAAAGAGGGGCAGAAGGGGGUUGGUGUUGGGCACUAAGAUACGAAUGAAAGGCUCAGCGUUCAGUUGCCAGAGGCUCCAAGCCUACGGCCUCAAUCCCAAGGCCUUGCGCUAUCGCCAGCUGCUUCGUGAGAAGAGGCGGAAGAAGCAAUAGGGGGGGAGGGGCAGUCAUAUUUGGCCCAUCAAGGGACCAAGCAGUCUCAUCUACUUUGAUUUCAGAGUUCAGCCUCCUUUUCCUGGUGUGGAAUCUCCCACUCAUUAAUAGUGGCUUUAAAAUCUACCACUUUUAUUUUUGGGAAAUUGAUAUUUUAAUGCAUUUGUUGCCUUUAUAUUUUGUAUCAACUUUGAGCCAGGAAUCCUUUGCAGUAGCUAAUCCUGUAUUAUUCCUUUUGAUCACUUCCACUUGCAUACUAGGAGGGCCACUGCUUGUAAAUUACCUUAUUCAUAACUGUGACUAAAUAUUAAAAACAAUAUUGGGGAGAUUGUGAAAUGAAAA